CAAGACUCCUGAAUUUACCAUUUCUUGACUUUAAAGCUUGAACUUGAGUAACCUUGAAACUUUCAUAUGGCACAAUCUUUUAAACCACUAACUGUUUCCCAGAACAAGAUGAUCAAAGACGCAAGGCAAUCAAAGCAAUUUCCAUACCGAUUCUACAUAAGACCCUACCUACCACAUACCACACAACCAACCAUGUAACAUUCUAGAUUCCCAUCUCAACCUGACAGAUUUACCAAACUUCUUCCAUUUCUCCUCCCUGUAUGCCCUUUCGAAAAUUUCAUCCCCUAUAAACAGACACCUCUUGUAUUACAAACACCAUUCAGAAUUCCCAUGGCAGCAACUAAAGGUCUUGUGUUUGUUAUGCUUCUCAUUGCUUUUGCUAUGCUCCUUAUGGAAUCAGGCCAAAUGAUUAUCACAACUCAGGUGGAUAACCCUCUUCCUCAAGAGAUAGAUUGUGGCAAAGCUUGUGAUGCAAGGUGCCGAUUAUCGUCGAGGCAGAAGAUCUGUAAGAGGGCAUGUGGAACCUGUUGCGCUCGCUGUCAAUGCGUUCCGCCAGGCACUUCAGGCAACUACGAUGUUUGUCCCUGCUACGCUAAUAUGACCACACAUGGUGGCAGGCACAAGUGUCCCUAGAUAUUCUUGUUGAUUUUAUGAUGAUGAUGUUUGAUUUCAGAUCACAGAUAUCCAAAAUAAAGAUGUUAAAAUAAAGAUAGUCUAUUUUCUGAAUGUAAUAAAUUAAUGAGAUAACAACUUUGAUUCUAGAAAUAUAUCAACAAUAAUGGAUUCUGUAGAUUUCACUAUU